AUGGACGACUCGCAGGCCCGACACCCGUCGAACACUCAGCACGCCGAGCCCAUGACAGGCACGCAGGCCCCGAUAGGCACACAGCAGUCCGUGAUGGCAAGCUCCUGCCUGUGGCCCGUCAACGUCAACACGCUCACCAACCCGCCCCCUACGACAGGACCAGCCCCUUCCGUCCAGCACGGCAACCCCAACUCCAGGCAGCCCAACAACAACAAUGUCGUCCGUACAUCCUCCACCACGUCUUCCGUCUCACCCCGCUCCUCCCGCCGUGGUCUCGUCCCGUCGCCGCUCCUCCGCCGCAUCGCCGGCUCCUCCACGCCCAUGACGCGCACGCAGGUCCGCGAAGUCAUCGCCACCAUCGGCCAGCUCUUCCCGCACAUUCCCUACGCCGUGUGCGGCCACUCCGCCAUGAUGUGGUACGGCGACACCCCCCUCAAACGCCCCGCGCACGUAUCCCUCGUGUGCCCGCCCGACUCGCUCGCGCCGCUGCUCCGCUGGGCCGUCGCCAAGGGCCUCCCGCUGUGCGACCGCUGGGAGUCCAACGGCAACGACAACUGCAACGGUGGCACAGGCGGCGGCGAAGGCGUAGGCUUCUGCGUGCCCACCGCCGCAGACGGCAUCCCGCGCCCCGUCCGCGUCCGCCCCUACGACGGCUUCUUCACCACGCUGCGGGCCCUCCCCGCGAAGGACGCGUUCGGCGCGUGUAUCCUGACGUUGCCGUGCUUGGCGGACGCGGUGGCGACGGACUACGUCCGGGCGUUGGGCGGCGGGGACUACCGCGCGAUCGUGCUGCGUGCCGGGGAUGUGUUUUGGCUGCUGCGCAAGAUGGCGGCGCUGAAGGGCGGAGACGAGCGGCAGGCGUUGACGCCGGAGAGGGCGCCGGUGUUUGCGAGUGCGAGGUUCCUGCAGCCGUUUACGGCGUCGCAUGUGUACUCGGUGGACUUGUUGCACAGGGCUGGGCUGGAUCUUUCGAAGGUGCCGGGCCUGGCGCUGCCGUCGGGGUGUGGCCACCAGCUGCACCACCAGCAGCGCGGCCUGCCCCCGGCCUUUCCGACAAAGCAGCCCAUCCCGGUCCGCGAGGCGGCAUCACAGACUAUUCCACGGCACAGCCCGCAACAGCCGGAAGCACCAUGCCCGGACCCGCUUCAUGACCGUGACGGCAUCGGCGCAGGCCCCCGUUACGGAAGUGCCCUCGGACAGGACGAGGCGCGCGCACCUCGUGCGAACCUACGACUCAGCCAUGUUGGCCACUUCCUCUGCGCGGUAGCCCGCUUUCACCUCAUGGGCGAGAUCCACAGCCUCAAGAGACAGGUGCUCGCCCUGGAGGCUCUUCACGGGUUGCGGUCACCUUUCUCACCCACGACGCCUCGACGAGAAGACGUUGACACUGCUGACCCAGCCGUCGAACAUCGGCCCAUCACCAAAACUCCACCACCCCUAUCCCAACCCAUCCCUUCGCAACCGCAUCACCAACACCCGCCCACCACAAACAACCCCCCAUCGUCCUCCCCCAGCACCACCAGCAGCACCAAACGACACAUCCACUUCGACGCCCUCACCCUCUCCAAGCCUAUCCUCCCCCGCCGCCGCAGCUGCUACACCAAACCCGCAUCAUCACACCUCCGCCCGACGCACCACCGGGCGAAAUCGACGGCGCUGACGACGCAGCCAUCCAGCCGCACGAGAGGGGGCGCAGCCGCCAUCACCCCGGCGCGCCCCACGGGCGGCUUGCCGCUGUCCCAGCUCGGGUCCAUCCGUCGCAGCCGUGCAUGGCCCAGCGUCAAGCGGGAGAUCAUCGCGCGGAAGAGGUCCCCGCCGGUGUCAUCGGACGACACGGCCGCGAGCGGCGGCACGACGACGACGACGAGUGGAAGUGACUCGGCGACGAUGAGUAGUAGUAGCGGGGAGGCGAGUAGCUGUGAUUCGAGGGCGACGGAUGGAGGAAAGUAG